CGGAAUUGUGAUUGGCCAGCACCCUUUAAGCGAAAAUUAAAUCAGACGUUGGGUCCAAUCUACUUACUCUAGGGGUUGUUUAAUGUCGUUCCGGUUCUGGCUGGCUUGACACCGUUUUAAAGAUGGGGGAUGUAGCAGAGUUUCACAUAACACCAGAUACUCCGGGAAGACCUGCUAUUUUUAACCCCUUUGAGAGCCCAAACGAUUAUCACCGCUUGCAUGAACCUCUGGUGCCCAGCCCAUCUGUGUUCAAGAGCUCCAGGAGCGUAUUAACAACACCAGCUAAGUUUAAAUGGUCCAUUGACGAAAUGGCGAAUUUACUUCCAGUGGAAAUAGACCCAGAGGAUAUUCACCGCCAGGCUGUUUUUCUGAGCCAAGCCAGAGCAGAUGCUGAAAUUGAGGAAAAACGACAGAAUGCUAUUGACCAGUUUUUUACUAAAGGUGCCAUUGUUCCUUCCCCAUGGGGACCCCUAGCUGCUAAACAAUCGGUGAAGGUGCCAUAUCAGAAAAGUUCUUUGUCCCCACCAGUUACAGAAGAGAACUCUCCUAAGAAAAUGAAUGUCAUUUGUCAAACAGGCUUGUCUCUACCGGUGGACUUCAAUCUUGAAAAAGUUCUAGGUGAUUACUAUAGGACAGAGGAGUUAACUGAGCAGGUGCAGGAAAGCCUUAGCAGCUCCUCUUUGCGGCGAAAGUUGUUUCUUGAUGGCCAUGACAGUGGCUCUGAGUCCUCUACCCCUUCCAGCCCAGACAAAAAUUCCCAUAAUGAACUUUCCAAAAAUCGAGAGAUGAUGUCAUCAGUCAUUGUCUCCCCACUUCAGACUGGAAUUUCAACUGCGGCGACUCCGUUGUCUGGGCAGUUUUCAUCCAGUCCUAUUCAAAGCAAAGGUCGAGCGUACAGUCUGGGCAGUGUUGCUAGUCCCUUGUUUCAAGAGAUAUCAUCGACUGCUUUCAAGUCGCCUGUUCUAUCGCCUAUCAUGCUUCAGCAUUCUGCGACACCUAUAUCAGGUGAAAGAAAAAGGCUAUCGUUUCUGUCCCCUGGUAGUGGUCCUAUGGGCAGCUCUGAUGUGAAUAUGAAUCAGUGUGGAGAAAGCCCAUACGUGGAAGGCUGUUCUCCUAUUCGCAGCUUCUCCCCCCUACAGACCCGACCAAUAAACAGAGGCUGCAUGUGGGCCUCUCCUACCCUUAUUUCUCCUAUCUUUCACCCAAACCUUCUGGACAAAGGGAAUGUCCAUCCCAAUGAACCUUCACCCACUAAGGACCUAGAUGCCAGUUCAACAGGGCAAUGUGGUCAAAGAGAAGGACUCCAAACUGUGGGGAGUGAGUGUGAAGCCUCCAUGGCUGUUGCAGAGCAAAUGGCUCAAGAUGUGCUGGUGGUAAAGGACCUAGGCGCAAAAAUUGAGACUGGCAGUGAAGAUGAGGAGGAUAUUAUCAGCAGAGAGGAAUCCUGUGGUUGGGUUCCUGAAGAGAACACUGCAUCACCAGUUGGACUGAUCAGUUCUAGGGCAGGCAGCGUGCCUAAUGCUGAGAGCACACACAUGUUUGUAUCCUUGCUAGCAGAAGGGAGCAUCACACCAUAUGAAGUUAGCAUGCAGGUGGAUAGUGGUUAUAACACUCACUCAGUGUGCACCACCAGCUUAAUGGACACCCUCAGUUCAGACAACCAGAGUAAGGAAAUGCUGGACACACAUACAGCUGAAGAAGGUCUACUUUACGCUAGACACACUAAACCAAAGGGAGAGAUUCCGCCAGGCCCAGAUGAAGGUCAUAUGCCCAUCCCCAACUAGAGAUUACGUCAGCUACAUCUGAAAAUCCUGUGCCAUCCUCCUGUGGACUGACUGACCAUCCCAGCUCCAUCUCAGGCAAUUCCAUCACCACCCAAGAGAAAAGCGACCAUCUGACCAUUCCAGCUCAGACAAUUCCAUCCCCAACCAAGAGCAAAGACGGACUACUACUACUGCUAAAUUUACAAUACUUGGUAUUUAAUGCUAAACUUACAUCACAUCAGCAGUUUGAAGUUAUAGCUGCACUCAGUGACUUUGAUUGGAGGUUGCUAGGUGGGUGUUUGUGGGGAGUAGGGGGGGGCUUGUUGGUUGUGGUUUGGGGGGUUUCAUUUGUUGGGGCUGUGUGGGUCUUGUUUUGUGGUCGAUGUCAGACAACGGAGGAAUAAAGUUACAUUAUGCCAUUACUAUUUUUCCCUGGUUGUUCCUCUGUUGUCUGGUGUUGAUCGCGGAAUGGGACCUGGUUGGCCUGCACGGUUUCGGCGGGAGGGGCUUCCUGGGUCGCGGCUGGUAGGCUUCUCCCUGUUCUUCGUGGACAUUUGCUCGGUGGCUUUUGGUCGGGGUCACUGAGUGCAGCUAUGACACGUCAGAGGAGAUCUGGCCCUCCGGCUGAGCCUGGUUUCACCCGAGUUUUUUUCUUCUCCAUUUAUUUAUCAUUGGAGUUUGGGUUCCUCGCCACAGCAGGGCAGUGUUGGCUUGCUCACUGGGAGACUGCAUUUAUUUAUUUAUUAGAUAUUAUAUAUUAGAAUGAUCUUGCUUGGUCUAUAAACACCAUGCAUUGUGCUGUGUUUUACCUUUCUGUGUUUUUCCGUUUUUCUUAUUUUCUCCUGUAAAGCUGCUUUGAAACAAUGCACAUUGUGAAAAGCGCUAUAUAAAUAAAUAAAUUGAAUAGUUACCCUAUACUACCCAGUACUUUCUCAGGUAAAUACACUGCAAGCACAAUAUAGGUACAUGUACUGUAAAAUAAAGUGCAACCUACAUUAGAGUAUAAUGCUACUACAAUACUUUUGUCAAAAACAAAACACUACAUUGUUUAGAGUAGGGGUGACCCCUAAUAGUAAGGCUGGAACGAUUAACUGAAAAUAUAUCACACAUGAUUUAUGCACAGUUUGUGAGUGAAGUACGGGAAAAUGCUGCUGCAUCCGAAAGCCAGAGGGCGCUCUCAUGUAGAAACUCCAGAUAUGACCCUCAGAAGAAGAAAAUAACACAUGUAGUUCUAAGAAAUGCCUAUGGAUAUCGUUUUAUCACUGUUCCUCAAGCUUCUUCAGGUAUUGUCAUGAUAAUAAAGUAUAUUUAUAAUGAUGAUGUUUGACCGGUGUUGCUUUUUCAAACAAACGUUAUAAGCGACUCAAACUCGCACUGGUUUUAGAUCGAGCAGCAUUUCCUACUGAUCACAGAGCCGUGCUUCGCGGAAAUAAUCGAUACCUUUGCAUAAUCGCAUUUAAUCUUCUCAGGGGUGUUAUGAAAUAGGGAUUAUGCCAUUUUGCAGGGUUUUUCCUGCAUAUAGAAAUUUGAGGUGGCCGCCUCUGUCAAAUGUCAUGCCGCCUCAGACUCUCGCCAAAAUUAUGUCUGGUGUCUUCACAAGAAAUGCUGCAUGCAUUUAACAGACUGUCAUUUGUAAAGUUGCGGCAUUACGCCACAGUGGAGGCGCUGUUUCGUUAUCAGCAAACUGAGGCGCUAAAAAGAGUUGCAGAUCAAGAGCUAGCUGUGUUUCACGGCUGUUUGUUAUGCAUCCAAGUAUGUAUAAUUUCUUGAAAUUUCUUGAAUUAAAAUGAUGUCCAUCAUUGUAAUGUCUUUAAGCUUACAAUUUAGUCUUAGGCUUAGUUUGCCAGUAUGAAUGCACAUUGCGUUCAGGACGACUCGCACAUGAAUGACUCAUUUGAACCGAUUAAUGUAAACUUUUGAACUUUUCAGUCACUAGCGAAUAUAAGAGAUCACUGAAUCAUUUAAAGUGA